GGCGAAAGGACUGGUUUAACCCUAACCUCAUGCCCACUGCCUCGGACCGGCUCUCGGCCGGCCCAGUCAUACUGGGACUAAUCUAGACAACUAUUGAAACUCAGCAAGGCAGCCUAGGUCGUCUUAGACGUACCCCCAGCGACAAUUUCCUACCAACAACGAGCGCGCAGUCGGCACAUUUCGUAGCAGGACAGCUUUCUUUAUCUUUAGCAACGUCCAAGUCCAUCCGGAGCUCGUACACGGGCUUCUAGCCCUGUUUCAGCAAUCCAUUUAUCUCGCUCACUAUAUUGCGAUGUCAUCCUCUCGGACACCGUCUCUUACCAGCUCACUUAGCUCGAGAUCAUGCACGCCUUGCCCUCCAGUUGUUCAACCUGACCAUUUCUUUGGUGCCGAUGACACACUUCCGUCACCCACCUCCGUCGGAAGGCCAUGGCUAACACCCGAAGAUGAUCCCCUGGCACAUCGAGGGAUACCAGUAUUCAAGCCGACAAUGGACGAGUUCAGGGAUUUUGAGGAUUACAUGAAGAAAGUCGAGUGUUGGGGUGAACGGAGUGGUAUUAUUAAGAUUAUACCUCCGAAGGAAUGGUCGGAAUCUUUGCCACCGAUAAAGGAACAACUCAAUAAUGUGAAAAUAUCGUCACCCAUUGAGCAGCACAUGCAGGGACGCGCUGGCCUCUUCCGUGUGGAGAACAUGAUGAGAAGGAAGUAUAUGAGUGUACGAGAGUGGGUGGAAAUGUGCGACAAGGAGGAUUAUCGUGCACCGGGCGUCCACGAAGUCGGUCUUCAUGGAAGAAGUGGUGUCAGGGCAAAGACGCGACGAUCUAAACGUUUUUCGGACAACGUGAAAGCGGAAUCGGCUGACGCCGAGGAUCAGCGCCCAAAAUCUACGACUGACGGCCCAGGAUCUGCUAACGCGCCUAUCGUGGUCGAACCGCUGCAAAGCACGACUCUUGACCCCUCUAUCCACGCAAGAGAAAAACCUGAGAUGUCUGCGAAGAGGCCACCCGGGAGGAAGAAGACAACAACUGAGAAAGCUGCGGAACGGUCGGCUCGCGAUGCAGCUUUCUUGAAGACAUUUGAUCCCUAUACACAUUGGUUGCCACCGGGCACGACAUCAUCAGACUACACUCCAGAGUUCUGUCACAUACUCGAAAGGCAGUUUUGGCGUAGCUGUGGCUUGGGUAAACCAGCUUGGUAUGGUGCAGAUUCGCAGGGGACCCUGUUCACCGAUCAGACCCAGAUUUGGAACGUUGGACACCUAGAAUCUGCUUUGACGCGACUAUUGCCUUCGUCGAGCCAAGGGUUGCCUGGCGUGAAUACACCCUAUCUUUACUGGGGAAUGUGGCGUGCAUCAUUUGCCUGGCAUGUCGAAGACAUGGAUCUUUUCAGUAUCAACUAUAUUCACUUUGGAGCACCCAAGUUCUGGUAUGCCAUUCCGCAAGGUAGGGCGGGUGCUUUGGAACAAACCAUGCGAAGCUACUUCCCCAAGGACGGCAGCCAGUGUUCACAGUUCCUUCGCCAUAAAUCCUACCUUGCUUCCGCGACUCUGUUGGCACAAUCAUCAUGCAGGCCGAAUCAUUGCGUACAGCAUGCAGGAGAAAUUAUCAUUACCUAUCCGCUGGGCUAUCACGCUGGAUUCAAUCUGGGAUUAAACUGUGCGGAAAGCGUAAAUUUUGCUUUGGACAGCUGGAUCAGCAAGGGAAUCAAGGCCAAGGCAUGCGAAUGCAUUCCUGAUAGUGUUCGCAUCGACGUAGAGCAACUUCUAAGGGACCGUGAAGCCGAGGGUGAACUUUUCGCUCCCACGUCGCCCCCGCAGCCAAAGCGAUCGUCCAUGAAAAAGGAAAUUUCGGUCGUCAUUCCAAGUUUGAAGACCGUCCGGCCCCCGAAGCGCCAGCACGAGGACGAACGAGAGCCAUUACCCAAAGCUAAGAAGGUUAAAUUGGCACCCCCGAAAUCAAUGAAGCCUCCCGCACCGGUUCCAUCCACAUCGCCAGUGGUGACGAAGGUUACACUCAAGUUAGGACCGCGACCAUCGGAGCCUGAACAUUAUCCAUGCUGUUUAUGCAUAUCUACGUCAACGGAAGGCCUUCUUCGCGUUCAAGACCCGCCUAUUGGCCGCAGAGAUGCUGUAGAUGCUGCUGGACACCCAAGUAAAUGGAUGGCCCACGAGAGCUGUGCUAACAUCGUACCUGAAACGUGGGUUGACGAAGUAGACGAAACUAACGGACUGGAAAGGGUGGUGUUCGGCGUUGACGGAAUUGUGAGGGACAGAUGGAAUCUUAAAUGUUCCGCCUGCACUAAGAGCAGACCUAGGGCACAUGGAGCACCUAUACAGUGUACCAAGGGCAAAUGUCCGAAGGCGUUUCACUACCAACAUAUCAUCUUCGAGACUUUGCGCGAAGUGGAGAAGGAGGUGGUGCUUUUGGAUUCCAAUGAUCCCGGGACUUCGUCUGACCAGAUGCAAGUCGACUCUGUAACUGGCCUUCCCACAGAUGAUUCGCGGGUGCUAAAGGUGAUCAAGAAGGUAGAGGUACGAGUACUUUGCACGCAACACAACCCUUUCGUAGCUGCAGCGAAGAAAGCUUCGAAGCAAGACAAGAUUCGAAACGAACUCAUGACUUUACCUGAUAUGGCUCGUAUAAAGAUCCGAGUCAGUGCUGGUGUUUUCGAGGUUUCUUUGGUCCGUGUGAUUGAAGAGACCGGUUCUGUGGAGGUCCUAUGGGAUCGUGGCUCGAAGAGGGAGUUCAAAUGGGGCAGUGUAGUCUUCGGAAAUACCGACGGCCCUGUUGUGCAAAAGCCUUCUGAAGCUGCACCUGAGCCCCCAGCACCAACAAUAAAUACUGAAGCCUCGACCAGUCAAAAUACCAAGUCUCCAGUGCCUACAGCUCAAUAUGGAUCUACCGCUCCGCCUAACUACAGUGCCAAUCCAUAUGCAUAUUGGGGAUAUCAGGUCCCAGGUCAGCAGUCAGGUGCAUCAGCCUAUCCGUAUCAGGGUUAUUAUACUACAGCAGCCCAGUUCUAUCCCUACACCGCCCCUCAGCCGAAAGGAUAUUCAGGCAAGCUGCAAUGGCAGCAGCCAUACCAAGACGAGCGCCACGAGCAACUUGAAGAUAGCCACAGCCACAUCUCCCCCUCCCCCUCCACCGCCACCGCCACCGCCACCCCAAACAAAGAACUCGACGGAUGCGUCACCACCGACCAAUCCUCCGACGGUUACACCGACGCCCGUAUCACAUACGGUGACUCUGCCCAGUGAUUUAGCAGCGCUAGUGACCAUGCAGCCCGAACAACUAACAGCGGUGUUCCGCGAUCAGCCGCAGCUAAGAGAUAUGGUUUUAGCAGCGGUUGAGAGCGCGAAACGGGAGUGCCCAGCGUAGAUUAUUAUAUCAUUAUGUUAAGUUUUAAGGCUUGUACUUUUAUUGUUAUUUCAAGCACUUAUGUUGUAUAAUACACAAGUUAGGUCAAGGCUUGAGGGUUUGGAACGUUGAAUUUAUUUCAGAAGACAGUGGAAGGUAGUCAGAAAGCCCC